AUGCCUCGUCUCUCUCUACUCACGACUCUACUCGUGGGAAAUCCGUUUCUCACCGGCACGGUCGCCCAGAAUAGCACAACCGGAGCCCUUAAAUCCCUUCCCAAGUGCGCACCCAAAGCGUCAACUGCCCUCGUCCCAGAAUGCUGGAUCGAGCUCGAAGUUGAAAAAUAUCUGGUCGACUGGUGGACCGCCAACGAAGCCUCUUGCAGAACUCUCGGCUUUGCCCAGUGUUUCCUCAAAAACAACAGAUAUCCCGGUCCCACCUGUGAUGAAAUAGCCGUUGGUACCUGUCCGCCUAUCGACACUAAUGGGGCCUUUGACUCUCAGCAGCAGUUCUAUGCGCUCUGGGCCAUUUACGCCAUUCAUCAGUUCUUCACUCAGUAUAGCCAGGCUCUUAGUAACUCCGUCUCACUUGCGGCUGGCCAAAUCGGUGAUAUCGUUUACACCGUGAAUCCGCCUGAGGAAGCAGAAGUCAGCAAGAAUCUGAUUGCCAUUAUUCUCGGCGCUACCGUCGGCGAGUUUGGAGCUUCUGAGGAGCUUUUGGGAAACUGGCAAGCGAAGCUUAUUCUCGUUGGAAUUCAAGGCCUUGCAGCUCAAGGCGGCGAGUCGAUGCAGAUCGCAGAUCUCUCUGCCUCACUGUCUAGUCAGGUUAAGGAUUACCAGGGCACGCUUAGUACGGCUAUCAAGACUGCUCAAGCAAACGUUACGCAGUUUCUUGCGCUCACCAAGGAGGGAGGAUUCAGCCAGCGUAGUUUGACUUCCUUGGCUGCUCAGAUGGACGGCAUUUACAAGAACCUGGUCAAUUAUAUCUACAGCAGCUCGUUGCAAGCAAACGGCAUCUUCUUGACCAAGCAGUACAGCACUGACCCGGCUCAAAUGGCUUCAAGCGCACUCGAUAAGCUUGUCAACUGCACUGGUCUCGACUCCAAUAACGUGUGUGAUCAGUAUUGGUUUCACGAUGGGAAUACGUACUCGUUUGGAAAGGUUGAUGAUUGUGGUUGGCGGUUCACUGAGAUGUGGUAUACUACGCUUCAGAAGGGCUGGCUUACAGCCGAGGCCUUGUUCCUUGGAUCUGAUGCUUGUGCUGGGAAUCAGCCGUUCUUUGAUGGGACUGCGUUCACGAUGAGCUGUACUGUGAGAACCCCUGGCUAG